CGUCGAGGUACUUGUUGUCGAACUGCUUGUUGUCGAACUGCUUGUUGUCGAACUGCUAGUGCUGGUACUCGUACUAGUCGUCGAGGUACUUGUGGUUGA